AUGUCCGAUACGAUCCAUCACAUCGAACUUGUCAAGAGCGGACUCAAAGCGCUCGAGGUGCUGCAUGACCAUGCGUUCGACCUUGUUUUGCUUGAUAUUGACAUGCCAGUGCUCAGCGGUGUAGAUACCGCAAGACAUAUCCGGAGCUCGACAGAGUACGACAUCCUCUUACAAAAUCGAACCAUCCCCAUUGUGGCGGUAACUACCAAUGAUACCGCCGAUUGGAAGCGUGCAUUUGCCAAAGUAGGCAUGAAUGGCUGUGUCAGUAAGCCUAUUGCCGUAAACGCACUCAAAAGGACAAUCCAUCAAGUUCUCAACGAUGGUUGCAGCCCAGAAUCCUUGGCUGCUUCAUGA